AUGGCCUCCGCCGCCGCCGCCGAAACCCUCGUCUCGCUCCCCAUCGUGCCCCCCUCCCGGUCGCUCCUGCGCCCCCUCUGCAGGCGACCUGCUUACAGAGGCAGCGCCGCGUCGGUCCGCCUGUCCGCCGUGCCGCCCCGGGGCCUCGGGUUCGCCCUCAUCCAUCGCCGCAUUCGCUGCCCGCCGGCGGCGCGCGCCAACGUCGAGCGCGACGGCGACGGCGCCUCCGGGUCAGGGGAGGCCUCGUCCACCGGGGACGGCGACCGCGACGCGGCGGCGGAGCAAGGAGGUGAUAGCGCGGGCACGAGCACCACCAGCGCGGCCGCGACGCCGCCGUCGUCACCGCCCUCUUCGUCCAAGAGGGGGGAAAACAAGUGGCGCCGGCGGGUGGCUAAGGGCGGCGGUGUUGGCCGAUGGUUUUGGGAGCCCAUAGUGCAGGGCCGGGAGAUGGGGUUCCUCCUGCUACAGCUCGGGUUUGCCAUAUUCGCCCUCCGCAUGCUGCGGCCGGAGAUCACGUUGCCUGGCUCAGAGCCCCGGCCGCAGACCACUUACAUCAGCGUCCCCUACAGCGACUUCCUGGCGAGCAUUGAUAAGGACCAGGUGAAAAAGGUUGAGGUGGAUGGGGUGCACGUUAUGUUCCGGCUCCGUCCAGAGGUUGAGGCCAGCGUGGUGGAGCAGCCACAAACACAAGCAGAUGGCGUUGCUGAUAAUGCUGCCAUUUCGAGGAGAAUCGUCUUCACAACCACACGACCAGUGGACAUUAAGACUCCAUAUGAGAAGAUGGUGGAGAAUAGUGUUGAGUUUGGGUCGCCAGAUAGGAGGUCCGGCGGCAUGCUCAAUUCAGCUUUGGUGGCUCUUAUUUAUGUUGUAUUAAUUGCAGUAGUUCUUCAGCGACUGCCAAUAAGCUUUUCUCAGCAAUCAACAGGCCAGCUGAGGAAUCGAAAGAAUUUGAACUCUGGUGGGGCAAAAGUUUCAGAAACUGCCGAUAUAGUUACAUUCGCUGAUGUGGCUGGAGUUGACGAGGCCAAAGAAGAGUUGGAAGAAAUUGUGGAGUUCCUAAGGAACCCAGAAAAAUAUAUUCGUCUUGGUGCACGUCCUCCUCGAGGUGUCUUGUUGGUGGGCCUUCCAGGAACUGGAAAGACACUCCUUGCUAAAGCUGUAGCAGGGGAAGCGGAAGUUCCUUUCAUAAGUUGUUCUGCAAGUGAAUUUGUGGAGCUAUAUGUAGGCAUGGGAGCAGCUCGAGUACGUGAACUAUUUGCUAGGGCCAAAAAGGAAUCACCGUCAAUUAUUUUUAUUGAUGAGAUUGAUGCCGUGGCAAAAAGUCGUGAUGGCCGGUACCGUAUCGUCAGCAACGAUGAGCGUGAGCAGACACUAAAUCAACUGCUCACGGAAAUGGAUGGUUUUGAUACCAACUCAGCUGUCAUUGUACUUGGAGCAACAAACAGGGCAGAUGUUUUGGAUCCUGCCCUUCGGCGCCCAGGGAGAUUUGACCGUGUAGUCACGGUUGAAGCUCCCGAUAAAUUUGGAAGAGAAUCUAUCCUGAAAGUUCAUGCGAACAGAAAAGAGCUUCCCCUUGGUAAAGAUGUAGAUCUCAGCGGCAUUGCUGCAAUGACAACUGGUUUUACAGGGGCAGACCUUGCUAAUUUAGUGAAUGAAGCUGCUUUGUUGGCUGGAAGAUCAAAUAAAGAAAUAGUGGAAAAGAUCGAUUUCAUCAGCGCGGUUGAGCGCUCUAUAGCUGGCAUAGAGAAAAAACAUGUAAAGCUGAAGGGCAAUGAAAAGGCUGUUGUUGCACGGCAUGAAGUUGGUCAUGCAGUUGUGGGAACUGCUGUAGCAAAUCUGUUGCCAGGCCAGCCACGUGUGGAGAAAUUGAGUAUAUUGCCGAGGUCAGGAGGUGCAUUAGGCUUUACAUACACUCCUCCCACGACAGAAGAUAGAUAUUUGCUCUUUGUUGAUGAACUGCGUGGACGUCUGGUAACGCUUCUGGGUGGGCGGGCAGCAGAGGAAAUAGUUCUAGCAGGACGGGUUUCUACUGGGGCACUUGAUGACAUCAGGCGUGCAACUGACAUGGCUUACAAAGCCGUGGCAGAGUAUGGUCUUAAUCAGCGCAUAGGUCCAAUAUCACUAGCUACAUUGUCAAAUGGUGGGCUAGAUGAUUCCGGAGGCUCCCCAUUUGGAAGGGACCAGGGUCAUCUGGUUGAUCUUGUCCAAGGGGAAGUAAAAGCACUUCUACAAUCAGCACUUGAAGUUGCUCUUUCAGUUAUCCGUGCUAAUCCAGCAGUUUUGGAAGGACUUGGAGCAUAUUUAGAAGAGAAUGAAAAGGUUGAAGGGGAGGAACUACAAGAGUGGCUUAAGUCUGUCGUUGCCCCAGAAGAAUUGACCUCUUUUAUCACAGGAAAGCAAGAACAUGUUCUUCAGCUGGAAGUAGGCCUCUAG